UUUUCAAAUUUUGUUUUGACUAUUGUUUGGCGAUUACUCAUUUGUGAAAAGUUUUAAGAAAAUAUCAUUCUAAAAGUGCUUUAUAUACAAUAUAGCAUACUAAAUUGAGCCUGUAAAAAAACUUCGUAAAGAUGGCUCAGGGAGUCUCAGAGUACGUGAGGGGUUUUUCUUUCAUGCCCGAGAAUAAAGUCGAUGUCAUUGAUUUGCAGUACAUAGAGGGUGGUGAGUUAUCCAGAGCAUGGAAAAUAUCCCGACGAGAGAGGCUUAAAAACAUAGAAGCGAAGAUUUGGGAUGAGUUCAUUAAUGAACGGGAUGUAGUUGAAUCUGUUAAAAGUGAUGACCCAUACCAGUUCUUGGAGGAGCUUCCUGAAGCCUGUGUGAGGGAGGUUCUGGACACAGAACUCACAAAGAUGAAGGAGGAAAUGGCUGAAGAAGUUUCAGUUGAGCAGCCAAAGGAACAGGAAUAUAAAGAAGACCUCCAGGACCCGCGGGAAACCAUGGUGACCUUCGCCGAGGCGCUGGAGGACGAGCAGUGCGAUAUGAUCACCAUUUUGGAUGAUGUUGAAGAUGAUGCCUCGGAGGCAGGCGAGCGGGAAGAGUUCAAUGAGACAUUGGACAGCCCGUGUACCGUGCGCGAGAAACCGAGCAACCCUGAACUGUCGCCGAAGGCUUCCGAGAAGAACCGUGAGAAGUCGCCUGAUAACGUCACCAACAUGAUCGAAACCAGCAUAUAUAGCGCUAAAGUAAAGGAGCUGCAAUCUAAGGUUAAUCUGGAGCUGUUGUCGGUUAUCACGACCCUGGAUGCUCAUAAUUUGCAUCAACUGGAUCCGAACACGCUCCCGAAGCUAAAAAGACAGUGCAGCGAGUUCUGUGCUCGUUACUGCCGCAUAUACUUGUAUCCCAUGUCGCGACAGAUCAACGACGUGACGCGACACAACAACUCGGCAACGCCGUACGCGCGACACACGCACACACGCUCGCAACUCAUUCGAACAGUGUCGCUACAGCAGAACAUGCUGCAGUCCCUUCAGUUGUUCCACAAGUGGUUCACGCAAAAGACGCCGCUGCGGGAAUGCGUAUACGCACUCAAGAACUUCAUGCAAUUGGUGCGGGAAGCGGACUCGGUCUGUCCCUCCGAGGUCCAUAACGAGGAGCUGCUGCAAACAUGCGACAGCUUGGACAAAGCUCUCGGCCUAUACCUAGUGAAACUGAACAAUUUCGUGGGGGAUGACAGCGACACUAUUGCCUCGGUGUCUCGUUCAGGAAAGUCUCAUAAGACUUCGAAGUUCAAUAAACACAACAAAGCAAAAACGGGCGCUGACGCCAAACUCUCGAUGUACUCUCUGGAUAGGUUCCCGCGUUGUUCCAAGGCUUCCAUCGGCCGAUCAAGCGGCGGCACGUCUAAAGCUCGCAUGGGAGUAUCGCCGACCGCCAACGCAAAGAACGCUAGUCCAUUGGAAAACGCAAACGCAGCAGCCAACAAGAAAACACGGUCCCGGCGGCCGCUGAUGCGCGCGCCGGGCGGCGGGCAGCGCCGCGACGCGCGCGCCCUGCAGGAGCACGACAACAUCACCACGCUCGUCGAGACCGUCGACAUCGUGGCGACUCCCCACGCGUCGGCCGCCAACUCGGUGCGCAGCGCCGCGCCGCCGCCCGGCCCCGCGCCGCACUCCCCGCGCCGCCCCCGGUCAUCGCGCGUCUCGAGGACACCACGAGGCAUCCGCAAGAGCAAAGAAUCCUCUCCCAGAUCGCCAAAAUUAAGCCCUAAACUAAAGAAGGACAUCUUAGAGAAAGAUCUAAAGAUAGCUCUAGACGCUGUCCACGUAUCAGAUGAUACUCUACCGUCGGUCAUCAAAGUGCAAUGUGCGAAGAAAGACGUCGUGGUGAAGACAUCUAGUGAAACGUCUCCAAGGACUGAUGGGAAAUCCGAUGAAAGAAAAGACCUAAAGGAUGACAAGGAUGUGAGCUCCACGAGCGACGUGUCUGUGCUCCUGAGACAGCUCUGCGCGGGGCAGUCUAAUAGCAAAUUAAGAAGCCCGAAGGAACGAGCAUCAGGAUCCAAGAACGCUCAGCUGCUUUGCGUCAACGGUGGCAGCCCGCGGUCCCCUUCCCUCGGCACACCUCAACUGUUGCGGAUACUAGAAGAAACCAUCCAAAAGCAAGCUCCUAAGCCGCAAUUCUCCACCAAAGCUCCAGUUAAAGACCUUGACCGCUACCGGCUCAGCUUCAGCCGAAGCAGCUCAGCCACGGACGCGCUCUUCCAAUACCGGACCAAAUUCGUGCAGCACAUGCUGUCCAGCCCCAUGUACGCCAACAGCAGAGUCGGCAAGCCCUGGGAGAUGAUCGGCAAAAUAUCAGAACAAAUCAUAGAUGAGAUCCUGAUGUCUUGUGCGAAAGAGAUGCAGUUAGACGAUAUCAUUGAAGAACUAUACAAAAGUGAGACACAGUGAUUUUUAUGCAUUUAUUAUAUAUUUUUUGAUGUUUGAAAUAAAUGAAUUUGGCUUUCGA